CAUCGAUCCAAUCACUUCAUCAGAUACAUACAUACUCAACUCCUGGAUCUUGAAGAUGAUUCCCCUCGAACGGUACAAGGAGCUCAAAACACAAGCAUCGAAGGUCGUAUACGUUUGCGAUGUCAUGAAUCUACUCGGCAUGACUCCGAAACAGUUCUUCCUUGCAUUCGUUGAGCAAACCGAUGUGCAGCUAACGAGUCGUCGUUGGCUUUGGGCGGACAAUGCCUGGGACUCAACGAGGAUCCUUCUGGAGGCGAUUGGAACAAUGAUCUGCUCUCGCAAACCUGGGGAAACCAACUGGCAUGAGUUCAUCCUCAGUCAGGCUAAAUUGAUUCUCAAAGUCGAUAAAAAACGUGAAAACCCUCGAGGAUUGUAUUUUAACUCUACAGAAAUUACCUCCGAUUUUUUCAGCGAGGAGAAUCAAGUACUUCGCGACAAACAAAUGAUGGACGAGGAACAGCCGUUUCUAUACAAGCUUCUAAAAUCAAAAAUACUACACCAAUCUGAUUUUAAAGACAACAACUUACAUGAUUCAGAUAGCGAAACUGAAGACAACAAUGACAUCAAUGACCACCAGGAUACCUUGGAUGAGGAUUCUAGGCUUAAAGCUAAGAUUGAUCGAGCCCAUGUUAUAUCAAAAACUAUAUGCUCAAUGGUGACGUUUGCAUCCAACCGGAGAAAGAAUGUGAUGCAGCUUGAGAAUGCCACCACCUUCCUAGCCUGCGGGAUCUCUGAUCGGGUCAGCAAGUACCUCAACUUUAUCAGCUUGACCUCCUCCCGUUCAACUGCUCAUUUGGCGUUGUGCACCCUCGGUGACAAAUCGGAAAAGAACAUCGUAAAACACAUGAAGAUUGGUGCAGCUACAUCACCCAACUUCUGCCCACUCAUCUGCAUUGACAAUCUCGACUUCCAGGAGGCGGUUCACGUUAAAUCAGUUGACAAUCAAAGUUCAAUGUUUCACGGCACCUGGGGGUACCUUCAUCGGCCCAAUCCCGAUAUUCUAGCGAGUUUGGAUCCAAAAGAGCUAUCCCUUCAAGCUUACAAGCAUGUGAUUUCGAAGUUGGCCAAUGAUGUUAUCUCACCAGCAAUGUUUGUCUUUAACAAGGAAGAAAGCUCACACAAUCAAUCAGUUUUGAAGAGCCAAGUCGCAAAUGUCUUCAUGACUUACAUUGCUACAACAGAAUAUCGAACACCAAAUAUCCCCCUGAAUCCGCCACAGAUCGAGGUACUAGCUGCUCAAAAGCCAGAUAUUACAAUGCUAAAACUAAUGGUUGCAUCAGACAACAGCUCUGAAGGCAUUGGCGAAGUAUACGAAGGUCUUGUACGACAAAGUGGACUUACUGCUGCAGACUUUGCUUCAAGACUAAUGAUCAUUGAAGGUGAUCUAGGGACCUGUCUCAACCUGAAUAGUUUACGAGCACAACGGAAACCAAACAACCACGCCGAGGAAAGCCUUUCAAAUGUGUUCACUCUCUUAGGCGGCGCACAUAUCCUUUGGAACGUUGCCCAGACUAUAAUAUUGCUUCAUUUUGGGAAUAGCUCUGACUCAAAAGAUCUUGGCUGCUGGCAUUUUCUCGAGGCGCUAGGAAUUAAAUCAAAUCAAGUACUCAACAAGAAAGAUUUCUCGCUGAUGCUUGUGCAAGCACAGAAGGUACAUGAAGCAACACUUGCUUAUCUGAUACUAUUAACUCUUGGAAAACACACCGAAUCGUUUCCAAAGGAGAAGAUUUCAAUGCCAGCAAAAAAAAUCCUCACGAUCAUCGACUCUGUUUAUGACCAGUAUCUUUCCCCUCAGGCCCUUACUAAAUCAAAGAAUGUCAAUGCACCCUGUCUUCACAAUAUGCUGCUACGACUGCGUGAUUUCUCAAGUAUUGUUGAAUCAACGGUGGGCCGCUACGCUACACUACGCUAUUUGGCCACUACAUUGUUAGUUCACGCUACACACCGCUGA